AUGACUCCGGCUCUGAGUCAUACAAAGUGGGAGGCACAUUGGCUAGGCUCGUCCCUAACAAAAUUGGCAUCACCCAAGUCCAAAUUGAAACUUCAAGUUGGGCAGUCUAAACGCAGGAAACUACCUUCGACAAAUGGAAUGACUAGGAAGGUCCAGGCAGACCUCAUAGUUUUAGGCACUGGAAUACAACAACAACAACAACAACAACAACAACAACAACAACAACAACAACAACAACAACAACCCAGGAAAAACAUGUUUUCAUGGGAAAAGAUCACCACGCUGUUAUAUCAAGUAGUCAUGGGCACAUCUGCUGUGCUUGAUUAUUUUUAUAACAAAAGGGAGAUGGAGAAGGAGAAGGAGAAGAGGGAGCAGGCGCAGCAGGCUGUGGUUGAGCAGACGGACAGGGCGCUAGCGGCGGAGGAGCGGGUGAGGAGAACCGAGGUUGAGAUUGGGAAUGAGAGGGCUGAGAAGGAGACGUGGAGACAAAGGGCCAAGAAGGCUGAAGAGAGGCUGGCCCGGGUGACCAGAGAUUUGAAAAUAAGGGCGGAGGAUGAUGCGAAGAUGGUUCAAGAGGCUGAGGAGAAGGCCGAGAAGGCCGAGACAGAGAAGAAGGAAAUGGAAAGAAGGGCUGAGAGAGCUGAAGGACUGCUGAGGGAGAUCGAAGAAGAGAGAGAGAGACAGAGGCAGGAGCAGGACAACAUGGUUUUUAGAUCACUAUACUCGUAG